AUGUCUUCCUUUGUCCCCCGCGCAGCUUCCCGUGCUCUUCACUGUUCCGCGCGUCCCGGGCUGCGUCCCGCAGCAGCAGCAGCCCCACUGCUACGUCGCGGUAUUGUGCUCCCUGCUGAGCAACCAAGGUUGAGGUUGGGAUCUGUUGGCAAAGACUACGCAUGGAGACAUGGACUUUUACAAAUUCUUGGACAACAAGUGGACGAUCUGAACAAAGUAUUCUCGCAUCCGGCCGACUUUACACCAGUUUGCACAACCGAACUCGGUGCGUUUGCCAAAUUGAAAGAUGAAUUCGAUGCAAGAGGGGUUCAAAUGAUUGGUCUUAGCGCCAACGACCUAAGCUCCCACUCCCAAUGGAUCGCUGACAUCAACGAAACCUCCAACACAACGGUCCAAUUCCCCAUCAUCGCCGACGCCGACCGCCACAUUGCCUUUCUCUACGACAUGAUAUCACAAGAUGACCUAGACGGUCUGCAAAAGAACGGCGGCAUCGCCUUCACUAUCCGCUCCGUUUUCAUCAUCGACCCGGCCAAGAAGAUCCGACUUACCAUGUCGUAUCCGGCGAGCACGGGGCGGAACACGGCGGAGGUAUUGAGGGUGAUUGAUAGCCUACAGACAGGGGAUGCUAAAGGGAUAGCGACACCGAUUGAUUGGCAAAAGGGACAGGAUGUUAUUGUUCCGCCAAGUGUUAGUACCGAGGAUGCUCGGAAGAAAUUUGGAGAGGUGAGGGAGGUUAAGAAGUAUCUGCGGUUUACCAAUGUGGGGAAAUGA